AUGGCCGAAUACGAUGAUGCGUACGAGGAUGAGUUCUAUGAUGAGAUGGAGGAGGGGAUCACGUCGGAGGACUGCUGGACGGUUAUCUCCUCCUUUUUCGACACGAAGGGUUUGGUGUCGCAGCAGCUGGACUCUUUCGAUGAGUUCAUCUCAUCAACGAUGCAGGAGCUGGUAGAGGAACAAGGCCAGGUCACACUCGACCAGACGCUUCCUCCUUCCGAGGAUGAAGACGAUCCCGUCGUUCUCCGUCGAUACGAGCUCAAGUUCGGAACAGUCAUGCUCUCUCGCCCCUCGGUCACUGAAGGUGAUGGUGCGACUACCAUCAUGUUGCCUCAGGAGGCUCGUCUGCGAAAUCUCACCUACGCCAGUCCGCUCUACCUCGGCAUCACAAAGCGAAUCAUGGAAGGUCGGGAACGGCUGAUCGCGGAUCGUGAUGAGGACGACGCGGCGCCAGAUGCGGAUGAGGAUAGAAAGGCCCGUGGGACAUACUUGCAGUGGGAACAGAAAGAGCUCCCCCCUGAUCAGGCGAAGGAGGAGACGGUGUUCAUCGGAAAGAUGCCUAUUAUGCUCAAGUCCAAGUACUGUAUUCUCAAGGAUCUGAGCGAGCAGGCGCUUUACAACUGGAACGAGUGCCCCUACGACUCUGGUGGUUACUUCAUCAUCAACGGAAGUGAGAAGGUUUUAAUUGCUCAAGAGCGAAGCGCCGGAAACACGGUGCAAGUUUUCAAGAAGGCGCCACCAAGUCCUACACCCUACGUUGCUGAGAUUCGAAGUGCGGUCGAGAAGGGUUCUCGACUACUUUCACAAUUGUCUCUCAAGCUUUUUGCUAAGGGAGACAGCGCGAAAGGCGGAUUUGGCCCCACGAUCAGAUCGACUCUGCCCUACGUUAAGACGGAUAUUCCCAUUGUUGUCGUUUUCAGAGCACUGGGUGUGGUUUCGGACGAGGAUAUCCUCAACCAUAUUUGCUACGACAGAAAUGACACCCCCAUGCUUGAGAUGCUGAAGCCUUGCAUCGAGGAAGGUUUCGUCAUCCAAGACCGCGAGGUCGCUUUGGAUUUCAUCGCCAAACGUGGAUCUUCUCAGUCCAGCAUGAACCACGAGCGUCGUGUCAGGUACGCACGAGAGAUUAUGCAGAAGGAGUUACUUCCCCAUAUCUCCCAGAGCGAGGGUAGUGAGACGCGAAAAGCCUUCUUCCUGGGUUACAUGGUUCACAGACUCUUGCAGUGUGCUCUCGGUCGUCGCGAUGUAGAUGAUCGCGAUCACUUCGGAAAGAAGCGGCUUGACCUUGCUGGCCCUCUGCUUGCCAAUCUCUUCCGAGUUUUGUUCACGAGAGUGACUCGGGAUCUCCAGCGAUAUGUCCAGAGAUGUGUGGAAACUAAUCGUGAAAUCUACCUGAACAUCGGUAUCAAGGCUAGUACCUUGACUGGAGGUCUGAAAUAUGCCCUCGCCACCGGUAACUGGGGAGAACAGAAAAAGGCAGCAAGUUCGAAGGCAGGUGUCUCGCAGGUACUGUCUCGUUACACCUAUGCCUCCACCUUGUCACAUCUUCGGCGUACCAACACGCCAAUUGGUCGUGAUGGUAAGAUCGCAAAGCCUCGUCAGCUUCACAACACCCAUUGGGGCUUGGUCUGUCCUGCAGAAACUCCUGAAGGUCAGGCUUGUGGUCUGGUCAAGAACCUGGCUCUCAUGUGUUAUAUCACUGUCGGCACACCCAGCGAGCCCAUCAUCGAUUUCAUGAUUCAGCGCAACAUGGAAGUGCUUGAGGAGUUUGAGCCUCAGGUGACACCCAAUGCAACGAAGGUGUUUGUGAACGGUGUUUGGGUCGGUGUCCACCGAGAUCCCGCGCACUUGGUCAACACCAUGCUCUCUCUGCGUCGGCGCAACAUGAUCUCUCACGAGGUCAGCUUGAUUCGGGACAUUCGUGAGCGUGAAUUCAAGAUCUUCACAGACGCUGGGCGUGUGUGUCGACCACUUUUCGUCGUUGACAAUGACCCUAAGAGCGAGAACUGCGGCUCGCUGGUGCUCAACAAGGAUCAUAUCCGCAAGCUAGAGCAAGAUAAAGAACUACCCGCGGACCUUGAUCCCGAAGAUCGCAGGGAACGUUAUUUCGGUUGGGAUGGUUUGGUCAAGUCAGGAGUUGUCGAGUAUGUCGAUGCCGAGGAAGAAGAGACGAUUAUGAUCGUUAUGACCCCCGAAGACCUCGAAAUCUCCAAACAGCUUCAGGCGGGUUACGCUCUUCCGGAAGAAGACGAUCCCAACAAGCGUGUUCGUUCAGUCCUCAGUCAAAAGGCACACACUUGGACGCAUUGCGAGAUUCACCCCAGUAUGAUUCUUGGUGUUUGUGCCAGUAUCAUUCCCUUCCCGGACCACAACCAGUCGCCUCGUAAUACCUACCAGUCUGCAAUGGGCAAACAAGCCAUGGGUGUGUUUUUGACCAACUUUGACCAACGAAUGGAGACAAUGGCAAAUAUUCUCUAUUACCCGCAGAAACCGCUAGCCACAACACGGUCCAUGGAAUUCCUUCGAUUCCGUGAACUACCAGCUGGGCAGAAUGCCAUCGUCGCCAUUGCUUGCUACUCCGGAUACAACCAAGAAGAUUCGGUCAUCAUGAACCAGAGCAGCAUCGAUCGUGGUCUCUUCCGAAGUCUCUUCUAUCGCACAUACACGGAUAGCGAGAAAAUGGUUGGCCUGACUGUUGUCGAGCGGUUUGAGAAGCCCAUGCGCUCGGAUACGAUCGGUAUGAGAAAGGGCACCUACGAUAAGCUCGAUGAGGACGGUAUCAUUGCCCCUGGUGUGCGUGUCUCCGGAGAGGAUAUUAUCAUCGGCAAGACCGCCCCGUUGGCACCCGAGGCGGAGGAACUUGGCCAGCGAACCAAGGCACAUACCAAGCUGGAUGUGUCGACGCCAUUAAGAAGCACUGAAAAUGGUAUUGUGGAUCAAGUCCUGGUCUCUACCAGCAAUGAUGACCUCAAGUUCGUCAAGGUGCGCAUGAGAACGACAAAGAUUCCUCAGAUCGGAGACAAAUUUGCCUCUCGUCACGGACAGAAGGGUACCAUUGGUAUCACCUACCGGCAGGAAGACAUGCCGUUUACACGCGAGGGUGUUUCCCCCGAUCUUAUCAUCAACCCGCAUGCUAUUCCAUCUCGUAUGACAAUUGCUCACUUGAUCGAGUGUCAGCUCAGUAAAGUGUCGGCAUUACGUGGGUUCGAAGGUGAUGCAACACCUUUUACUGAUGUUACUGUCGACUCAAUCUCUCGUCUGCUUCGGGAGCACGGGUACCAGUCUCGUGGCUUCGAAGUGAUGUACAAUGGGCAUACUGGACGCAAGCUGGUUGCGCAAGUGUUCUUGGGACCAACGUACUAUCAGCGUCUGCGCCACAUGGUCGACGACAAGAUCCACGCCCGUGCCCGUGGACCGACACAGAUUCUGACCCGGCAGCCUGUGGAAGGUAGAGCCCGUGACGGUGGUCUGCGUUUCGGAGAGAUGGAACGUGAUUGUAUGAUUGCGCACGGUGCCAGCGCCUUCCUGAAGGAGCGUCUGUUUGAUGUCUCCGACCCGUUCCGUGUCCACAUCUGCGAUGACUGUGGACUCAUGACCCCGAUUGCGAAACUGAAGAAGGGACUCUUUGAGUGUCGACUGUGCAACAACAAGCACAGGAUCUCGCAGGUGCAUAUCCCGUAUGCGGCCAAGCUUCUGUUCCAAGAAUUGGCCGCGAUGAAUAUCGCCGCUCGCAUGUUUACCAAUCGUUCUGGCGUGUCAGUGCGGUAA